AUGGCAACAACGUCACUGUGGGCGAACCCCGUCGUACGCCUUCUACUUCUCGGCACCCUCGACGACGCCAGCCCUCUUUACCACCUACGCGGCCACACCGAUAUCUUGCGAACGAUCGUCGAGCACCUUCGAGUGCUCUGGCGGUCCCAGCUGCUGCACGAUGAGCGAGGCUACGUCAAGCUGGGCGACAUUGGAUUGCUACCUGGUGACAUCGACCGAGACGAGGUGCUUCGCCACAAUUCUUUGCUCGUGGACUUUCCACCGCCGCUCACGCACCUCGUUGACGGCGAGACGCAGCCAAAGCCAUAUCACGUCAACAUGAUGCCGUUCAUCAUUGGCCAAGCACGAACGACGCUGCCAACCGAGUGUCGGCGGUAUUUGACGGUCCACGAAGGUAUCGUCGAGGUGAAUACGUCGCAGCGCCGCCCAGGCCUCCACGUCGAAGCUCCAAACGGAAGCAAGCUCAUGAACAAGGCCGGGGCUGGGCAAUCGCACUCGGAGGAGGCAAGAGAUACGCUGGGGCGUGGCUGGGUUCACACCAACCACUUGAUUGGCGGUAUCUACAUGGCGUCGACGAUUGCGAAUUCCUGCAGGGUCUGGAACACGGUCGUCGCAGAUGAAAACGAUAUCGUCGGUGCCCACGGCGACGUGGAUGUCCUCCACGGUGUCUUGGACCGUGAGCGUGAUGACUACUACGAGCCGCAAGCCAAUGAGCUGUACUGGAUCACAGAUCGGACGCCGCACGAGUCCCUUCCGGUGACUGAAACACAGUUUCAGCAGUACUUCCGCUUCGUUACGAGCAACAUCUCGCACUGGUUUGCAGAGCACUCGACGCCCAACCCACUCGGCAUUCAGCCGACGGCCGCGAUCGUCUACGGCAACAAGUUUACGGGCGCUGGCUUUUCCGAUCUCCGGCGCCGCAACCGCAUCAAGCAGAAGCGGCUGCGCGAGCGCGUAGCCGCCGAGCGCCGGAGCCUCCGCGCGCAGGUCGCGACGCUCUGCAAGGCGCUCGCAGCGUCGGCGCACAAGCCCAACGAGACGCUCUUAAGCUGGAAGACCAUCGCCGCCGGCCUCGCGCGGUCGACCGUCGAGUCGCGCCUCUCGUCUGUCAUGCUGCGCCAAGAGCUCGAGCGUACAUUGACGCUGAGCGGCCGCAUCCAAGCCUGGGUGGCGUCUAUGCACCCGAGCCGGACCCUGCUUCCGGCGGCGCCGUUUAGCUGGAUCAACGUUACGCUUGUGGACGAUAUUGCGUCGCGCAAGGUUGGUCUCGACUGGUACACGCAGCACUUGUAUUUCAACACGGAGCGCAUGGUGGCCCUCUGCAAUUUUCCGUCGCAUGGCGCGAUCAUGGACAACCUCAUCCUGGAGCUGGGCCAAGACCUUGUCGACCUCAUUGGUCGCAUUCAAAUCGACUAUGAGCAGCCGCUCGAGGCGACGUAUGCGCUUUUGCGGGAUACAAUCUGGGCCGAGCUGCGGGGCGAUACGCACUCGUUUGUGUCCGAGUUUCUUGACCAAGAGCUCACGCAAGCGAUCGACCCGACGAUGCUGUACCGCCGGACGGUACUCGAAGUCGACGAGAGCAACUACUACGUCUGCCGUGAGUUUACCAGCGACGACCGGAUCGUGUUUUUGUUUGGGAAUUUCAGCCAAGACGCGCGGCAGCCCGAGAACCACCGCUGGCGUCCGCGACUCUUCUGGUAUAUCUUGGAGCGCCAUGGCCCCAACCGAACGCGACUCAAGGUCAUCAUGUACAACGGCCCGAAAAUGGUUUACGGUCGGCUCAAUACGUGGCGAAACGUCCUGGAAAGCGUCAACGAGUACAACCCAGAAAAGACCGACGCGCAGCUCUUUGCGCGGUACCGCGAGCUCGUCGACGAGCAGUUUUACCACCUCUUGCGUGUCGACUAUGCAUCGCUGACGCUGCAGGCCGGUGAGAUCGACCGCUCGGCCGUCGAGAAC